UUUGCUCCGUUGAUCUCCACGUUGUGCUCACUACUGUAUCUUUUCAAGCAUUUUCAAGUCCAAGAUGAAUACAAGGCUUCACAUUCAAGGUAUUUAGGAUCCCAAUUAUUCGACUUUAAAGUGUUAAGAUGUUAAAUUAGUGGUGAAAUUCGUCGUAGUUAGGCAGCCGUAUUGGGACUGAAGAUGGCGGCCGCCAUUUGCAAUUGUUUCAAUUCAAAGUGAUUGAUUUUGAAAUUCAUUUCGUAGGCUGUGAUGACACAUGUUGGUGUAUUACAGUGUCGGACGAUGUAGCAUACACAUUUUAGAUAGCUUGUAUUACGUGUUUAGAAGUUGUGGACCCAAUUUAUUCGUUAACUGUCUCGUUUUAGAACCCCAGGUAGCUGGAUAACUGUUUAGCCGAUGUGUGCCACAUAGAUUCAAAUCAAAUAGAAAUGACCAAAUCUAAAAGAGCUUUCUAGCAGCUAAAUACACCAGACUAUCUGCCUGACCUUCCUCCAGUAUCUCUGAUACAUAUGAUUGUUCUGAUUUGUUCUUGGUAAACGUGUAUUGACUCUAAUAUUACAAUACUAGGCCAAUACUAAAUAGGGGGUAAAAUGUAUUUGUACGGAACUCAAAAUAUACUAGAUUUUUUAAAAGUAGCCGUCGUCGUACAUUUAACGGAGCUUUGCUUUUCUUUUCCAGCUCGGGAGGACAUAAUUCGGUAUUAUGGUACUCCUGCGGCUGUGAGUUUGUGGCCGUCUCAAGAUGAGGAGUCCGACUGUCGUUCCCAAGCUGUGUCCCUUUCCCGUUUCCCCGACCCCCUGAGUGUCUUCACUCCGUUCUGGGCCCGCCCCGUCUACGGCGAGACGCUCCCCGCCCCCGUCACCAUCAAUCACGCCGACCACUAUCCUGCCCCAAGUGACGACGAUGAAAGUGACUACUGGGUGUACGAGGACGAGGAUGACCACAGCUUCGUGGAUGACCGAGAGAUUCAUCCCUUGAGAAAGGCGCUGACGAGAGCGGCUGCCUUCUUUAGGAAGAUCUUCUCGUAGACUCCUUAUCCUUUUAAUGUCUGAAUGUGUGUGUGUGUGAGUGAGUGAGUGAGUGAG